GUUUAGCAGAGCUAUGAAGGGUCGUCAGAGCUUGCUCUUUUGUGCAGUAUUCUGGCAACUUUCAAUAGCUAUCUCCCUGUAAAUGUAUACAGAUGUUGCAGGAUUUAUAGGUUAAUUACCAUGAUGGAGCAACACAGUUCUGUAUUAGUGACGCAAGGGAUUUUGUCCAUUUAUUAUUUGCCUGAGUGACCUCCUGGAAGCUAUAUCAUGGUUUGAUUCAGUACAACCUUGCAGACAAACUCUUUUUUGUUUGGUUGAAUGGAGGGCAGAUACCAGAUAUCUCAAUGGUCUUACAUGGCCUAAGGCUUCUUAUCGCUUAACAACAGAGGAAGAAUGAGGACAGAUGUUUCUGAAUUAAAGGUGCUGGCCAGAGAAGGUAACUAGAUUGCUUUGAAGCAAUCCCUUCCCAAGAUUAUAACCAUCUUUGAAGUGCAAAAGUGUUGCACCUGGGAUGUUUGGGUAUGAUGUGAGGCCUCUUGCAGUGCUACAGUUGCUGGUGCUGCUGCCCUGCCACAGAGGAGAUCCAUCUGAUGGGCUGGGGAGCUGAGCAGGUCAUCUUCCCGUGACAUGGACUGCCAGCUGCUGCCCCAUGGAGCCAAAGUGGAGGCAGCAAGAACCUUCAGCGAGCAGCCUGCCAGUGCUGCCAGGAAGGGUCCAUUGCCCUGCAACCACCACAGGACUCCUCCAGGGCCUGACAUGCAACCAACUACAUACAGAGCUACUUCUAGUAACAGGAGCAAGUUGUGAAAACUGAGUAAACCAGCUGAGUCUAAGAAUGAACAUCUCUCUUGGUGCAGAAUGGUCCUCUGAAUUCAAAGAGCUGAAAAAGCUCAAGACUUCAUCUUGAGUAGUGUACAUCUCAGAAUGACCUUUGAUUUAAAAGAAGUCAUCCCACUUGGCUCAAGGAAAAAGUAUCUGGACUUCAAUGAGUUAUACUCGCUAAAUGAUUACAAACCACCCAUUUCCAAGGCUAAAAUGACACAGAUCACCAAGGCAGCAAUCAAAGCUAUAAAGUUCUACAAACAUGUUGUACAGAGUGUUGAAAAAUUCAUUCAAAAGUGCAAACCAGAAUACAAGGUGCCUGGCCUAUAUGUCAUUGACUCUAUUGUGCGACAGUCUCGGCAUCAGUUUGGGCAAGAAAAAGAUGUGUUUGCCCCAAGGUUCAGCAAUAACAUCAUCAGCACUUUCCAGAACUUAUACCGUUGUCCUGGAGAUGACAAGAGUAAAAUUGUUAGAGUGCUGAAUUUAUGGCAGAAGAAUAAUGUAUUCAAGAGUGAAAUUAUUCAGCCGCUCUUGGAUAUGGCAGCAGGAAUUCCUCCUCCAGUUGUGACCCCAGUCUUGCCUACUACCACAGCUGCUAUGAGCAACAAUACUCCAGGAACUCCUGUGACCCCUGUUACUCCAGCUAAUGUGGUACAAAGUUUACCUGAUCCUUGGAUGUCUCAGAUUGCUAAUACAGAUACACUUGCUGCAGUAGCACAGAUUUUACAGAGUCCACAGGGCCAACAGCUUCAGCAGUUAAUACAGACGCUACAAAUACAGCAGCAGAAACCACAACCUUCACUGCUCCAAGCACUGGAUGCUGGUCUUGUUGUUCAGUUACAGGCCCUCACUGCACAACUUACAGCUGCAGCUGCUGCUGCCAACACACUUAAUCCACUGGAACAGAGUGUCUCUUUUAACAAGAAGCUGAUGGACAGGUUUGAUUUUGGGGAAGAGUCUGAACACAGUGAAGAACCUAAAAAAGAAACACCUACUUCCCAAAUGCCUCUAGUAUCUGAAUCUGUGAACAACUCACUUUUUCAUCAGCUAGCUGAACAGCUCCAACAACAAAAUUUAGAACAUCUCCGGCAGCAACUCCUGGAGCAACAACAGCCUCAGAAGGCAAGCCCAGAGGAAAAUCAGGAAGGAAAUUUUGGUUCAGAGCAUUCCGCAUCACCAUCACAAGGAAGUAGCCAACAGCAGUUUUUAGAAGUAGAAGCAAACCUGGAUGACUCGAUAGAUAUUCAGCAACAGGAUAUGGAUAUAGAUGAAGGACAAGAUGUAGUAGAAGAGGAGAUCUUUGAACAGGAAGAAAAGAAAUCGGCUGUUCGUUCAAGAUCAAGAACACACUCAAGAUCUCGUUCAAGGUCACCAAGAAAGCGAAGGUCAAGGUCACGGUCUGGUUCUCGAAAACGUAAACACAGAAAACGUUCACGCUCAAGAUCAAGAGAGAGGAAAAGGAAGUCAUCUCGGUCAUACUCCAGUGAAAGAAGAGCUAGGGAAAGGGAAAAAGAGAGGCAGAAGAAAGGAUUGCCUCCUAUAAGGUCCAGAACACUAAGUGUCUGCAGUACUACUCUUUGGGUUGGUCAAGUCGACAAGAAAGCUACACAGCAAGAUUUAACUAAUUUGUUCGAAGAAUUUGGACAAAUAGAGUCUAUUAAUAUGAUUCCCCCCAGAGGUUGUGCAUACGUCUGCAUGGUUCAUAGACAAGAUGCAUAUCGUGCUCUUCAGAAACUAAGCUCUGGAUCCUACAAAAUUGGAUCUAAAAUUAUUAAGAUUGCCUGGGCUUUGAAUAAAGGGGUGAAAACAGAGUACAAACAGUUCUGGGAUGUGGAUCUUGGAGUUUCAUAUAUACCUUGGGAAAAGGUAAAAGUGGAUGAUUUGGAUGGCUUUGCUGAAGGAGGCAUGAUCGACCAGGAGACUGUAAACACUGAAUGGGAAACUGUGAGAAACUCAGAGGCUGCUAAAGAGACUGUUCAAACUACUCAGAGUGCAACUGUCGAGAAGAACACAGUUGUCACAACACAAACAGAAGUUUAUACUCAACCAGUCACUAUGCUACAGGACUUCGCUGCAUGGAGGCGUGGAAGGAUGACUGCCAGCUUCCCAGUCCCUGCCAAUAGGAGGGAGUGUAGUCCAAGUCCUUUCACAGCUGCACUCAGAUUGGCACCAGUUUUUGGCAAGUUUUAUCCUAUAACAAGGAUCCCAGUAGCUCCAGCUGUGCCUGCUGUUAAUCUAGUUCCACCAGCAUUUCCUGUCUCAAUGUCUGUCCCUCCUCCUGGCUAUAGUUCAAUUCCUCCACCACCAUUCUUGCGGGCAAGUUUCAAUCCUUCACAACCACCUCCUGGUUUUAUGCCACCUCCAGUCCCACCUGUUGUGCCGCCACCUGUUGUUCCGCCACCUGUUGUUCCACCAGUAGUCCCAACAUCUUUAGUGCAGCCUCCGUUACCAAUUACUCAAGAUACAAUAAAAGAUGUUCCUUUUAGUACCCUUGUUUUACCAGUUGGCACAGUUUCUAGCAAUCUGGCCACUCCAACGUUAUCAGCUGGAAGUGGUUUUAAUCCUCUUACAAGCAGUAAACCAGAGGCAGAAGAAAAAGCAUCUCAUCAUACUGACCUUCAGGUUUCCUCAAAUGAAAAUGUUAGAUCUGUCCAAAAUGAUGCCUCUAGCAGCUCUGGGCUUGCAGGGGGAGUGCCACCACCCAGUGUUUCCAGCAGCUCUGGGCUUGUCGGAGGACUGCCGCCACCCAGUGUUUCCAGCAGCUCUGGGCUUGUUGGAGGAUUGCCACCACCCAGCAUCUCCAGCAGCUCUGGACUUGCAGGUGGAGUGCCACCACCUAGCAUCUCCAGCAGCUCUGGCCUUGCUGGAGGACUGCCACCACACAGCGUCUCCAGCAGCUCUGGCCUUGCAGGAGGAGGACCGCCACCAAAUGUCUCUAGUAGUUCUGGACUUUUGCCAGGAGCACAACCACCUAUUGUCUCAAGCAGCUCUGGAGUUAUGCCUGGAGUACAGCCCCCCAUUGUCUCAAGCAGCUCUGGACUACUGCCACCCAACAUCUCAAGUAGCUCAGGACUUCUGGCAGGAGUGCAGCCACCCAGUGUUUCAAGCAGCUCGGGGCUUAUGGCAGUACCACCACCCAAUGUCUCGAGUAGUUCUGGACUUAUGGGAUUGCCACCACCAAAUAUUUCAAAUAGUUCUGGACUUCUGGCGAUGCAGCAUCCCGUAGGAAUUCAUAACAUGCCUCAUUUAAAUAUUGGUAGUCCAAGGAUGCCUGGAAUGCCCCUCUUAGAUAUCCGUCCAGGACUUAUACCCCAGUCACCAGGACCAAGAUUUCCAUUAAUGCAACCUGGAAUGCCACCACAGCGCAAUAUCCCUCCUCCUCCAACAAUCCUUGACCCAUCCCUUCAUCCACCACCUAGAGGUCCUUUUCCUCCAGGGGAUCUUUUUAAUCAAACUGAGAGACCUUUUGGAACACCUGGAAGACAAAAUAUUGAUCCCAUUUCUAAUGCAGAGAAAAGACUACCACUUGGAGGUGAGAACAUUCAACAGGAAGGAGACCGAGAUUAUCGUUUUCCUCCAGUGGAAAACCGAGAGAAUCUUAAUAGGCCAUCCCCAGUGGAUGUCAGGGAUGCUGCUGGACGACCACCAGUGGAUCCAAGAGAGGGUCUAGGAAGACCUCCACUAGAGGCUAGAGAACAUUUUGCAAGACCACAUGCAGAUAUGAGAGAGAAUUAUGGAAGACCAGGUCUAGAUGGUCUUGGUCGAAGAGAGCAUUUUGGUUUCAAUACAGACAAACACUGGGGACAGAGAGGAGAUUAUGAUGAAAGAGAACAUCAUGCCUUUCCUAUCUUUGGUGGCCCUAAAGGCUUUCAUGAGGACAGGGAGAGGUUUCGGCAUGUAAAUUACAGGUUUGAUGCUAGGAGUGGUCCCGGCUGGAACAGAGGAUAUGAACAAGAUGCUCACAGAGAUUUUGAUGACCGUAGAAGACCCUGGGAAAGACAGAGGGAUAGGGAUGACAGAGAUUUUAAUUUCUGCAGAGAAGUUAAUGGAAACAGAUUUGGAAGAGACAGAAUGCAGAACAACUGGAUCCCCCCUCCGCAUACAAGGGUUUUUGAAUAUUUUGAAGGGGCCACUUCUCAACGCAAAGCUGAGAAUAUGACCCAGGUAAAUGGUGAAAAUACAGAGACAGAAAGUCAGCCACCUACUGUGCAACUUCAGAAUGAUCCAGAACUUUAUGAAAAACUGGCAUCUUCAGGCGAGAUGAACAAAGAGAAGAGUGACACAGAAGCUGAUAUAGAAAGUGAACCAGUGGUAGAAAGCACAGAAACUGAGGGGACAUAAUCAUCACUCAGUAGGCAAUAUGAAGGAAGUUCUGGCAGCUUACCAUGUCCCGGGCCCUGCAGAGUUAAAUGAGAAGUGCUCCAAUGUUCUAAUGUGCAUCACACCGGAUCUUGUUUCUGAAGUGUUAGAAGGAACCCAUCGUUACAUGUUGAGAAGGCUCUGUGCACCAAUACACUGUUUCUGAUAGAACCCAGGGAUGGCAACUUUAUAUACCAGUAUUACCUGUCUGGAGCAGGGUUAAUUUUAUAAAUUAAAACCAUAAACUCUAUGAGUUUCUAGAUCUUAUUUGUGCUUUUGAGGAUGAUCUGCUCAGAUGAACAGUUUUGCAUCCACCGGAGAGACAGGCUCUUCUGCUGGACCAGAAGAUGACAUUGGACUGUAAAUUGUAGCUAACUCCAUUUGUAGCAUCCUCUAGUGCAAGUAAUUGAAGGACAGAUUGCAGGAAAAUCCUUCAGGGAAUAAGACUUGUUUUGUUUUGAUCUACAAAUUUAAUUUUCUUUCCUUUUUUUUUUUUUUCUUAAAGAUAACCUCUUUUACUUAACACUCACUCCCUGUGCAGUCUUUGUACAGCUCUUGUCUGGUGACUGUAUUCCAGAGAUGUUGGAUUAUUUAUGAGACACCUGAACAUUCUUGGAGUUGUGAUGAACCCUAAAUUGCCUAUUUCAUUAAAAUUAGUCAGGGAAAGUUCCUGACUAGGCCCCUCCAAUUGCUUUCUUUUAACGUUCAAAAAAGGUUUGAACGAGGAAUGGUGAUGAAAUAGAAAAUUAUGUUAUAUUCAGUUUUCACAAAUUCACUUAGCAGAAAAGUUCUUUCUAAUAAUCAGUGGAAGGGGUACUACUUGCUCUUUCUAAUUUCCCAAAUUAAAGAUCUGCACAUAGGGGUCACACGUAUUGACUUAGCCUGCUACAUAGCUAUAGAAAAGAAGAAACACAAAGAUGCCCCACCGUGUGAAAAGGACAUUUUUUAUCAUUCCUCUAUUUAUUUUUGCUCUAUCAAAAAUUAAAGUGCCAGUUAUUUGGAAUGCUGUAGUCUGUGGUCUCUUGAAAUUUGAUUAGUGAGAACCUUUCAGCAAGAUCAUUCCCAUUAUGGUGUAACUGCAUGGUGACUGCAGCUUUGGACCUGUAUAAUAAAGAUCUAAAUGCAAA